AGUUCUUCGUCGCGUGUCGGUUGCAUGCCAAACGGAUGGCGAGCCGUGUCGUGCCGGGCCGACCUUAGGGCUUUGACAUGGGAUCGGCAGCGCUGGCCAGCCUUCGGGCCGACCAGGCCCUUUUAUUUCUGUGUCGGGGCAAAAAUCCGUGCCCGCGGCCCAUAUGGCCAGGUCUAGGCAUCCGGAGGGUUUUCUCAAAAAAAAAAAAAGUUCAUCCGGAGGAAGAAGAGGUAGGGGAUUGGAGCAGCCCCGGCGGCGCGGCCGAACGACUCCAGCGAGGACGGGCGGGCGGGGCACUGGAGAGGGGGUUGACUCAAGCGCGGCCAUUCCGGCGACCACGGUCCACGGACCUCCACGAGCGGCGCCAAGGCUCCAGCUCGGUCCCCAAGAAGGCCAAGGCGCCAUUCUCUUCUUCGUCCGCCGCCGCAGAAUCAGUCUUCUGCCACUGCUAGGCUUCCCCCCCAGCUCACUCGGGAAAUUCAGAGUUCGUACAAGCAGAGCAGAGCGGGACUCGGGAUUCUUUCGCCAAUCAACAAAAAGGUCCGAAUAUUUUCAGUGUUCCAGUCUGAAUUCGGAUUUCCUUCACCGACUCGGAGUGGGGGUGAGACCUCAGCCGGCGAUCUACAAGUGUAGCCGGGCCCUGCGUGCCCUCCGUCUGGACUCGGAGCGGGGGUGAAGCCUCGGCAGGCGAUCCAUAAGUACAACAGAGAGCGGAGAGGCUCUGCUCUAACCAAGAUUGCAGUUUUCCUGCCCAACAGAGAACAGAGAGGCUCUGCUCUGCUCUCCUCUGUUCCAAUGGAGACCUGCAGCUUAUCCAGCAUAAUGAGAUUGCAAGACCUAGCUAUGUACCGGAGAAAACUGUCUUCUCUAGUCGUCAGAUCUUUGCCCAGGCUGCUGCUAGGCUUCCUUCCCAGCUCACUCUGGAAAUUCUUCAGAGAUGAACAUUUUCAUCUGACCAAGACCAAGAUGGUGUCCACAUUGCCGGAGCUGCCGCAGGACAUCUUGAUGGUUAUCUUUGCCGCUCUCGAGAUCCCCGACCUCGUGCGUGCUGGCUCCGUCUGUUCAUCCUGGCACUCGGCAUAUGCCGAGCUACGCACCCUUGGGCAGUACAAGCAGCGCCAGACGCCUUCCCUGGCAUACACCUCUGAAUCUGAUCCUGAUGAUGUUUUGUCACUCUACAGCCUUGCCGAGAAGAAGUCCUACAAGUUAACUCUGCCGCAGCCUCCUAUCCGCAGCAGGUAUUUCAUUGGGUCCUCACAUGGCUGGCUUGUUACCGUCGACGAGAGGUCCGAGAUGCACCUUCUGAAUCCAAUCACCUGUGAACAGAUUGCUCUCCCUUCAGUGACCACCAUUGAGCAUGUGAAGCCCAUAUUUGAUGAGUACGGUGAUGUCUGCAAGUAUGAGAUGUCAUGGCAUACUGGAUUGUGCGGUCUCCGUAAUCCAACCCUCUUCACUCUUGCCGAGCUGAGGGAUAGACUCCAGUGGAAGGCGUUUGUAUUUCCUGAUACAUCCACAGGAAGCUACAUUGUGGUGCUCAUCCACAAUCCACAAGCUCAGAUCUCAUUUGCAAAGGCAGGGGAUGAUAAGUGGACCUGGCUACCGCCUCAUUUGCUUUUCGAGGACUGUACUUACAAGGAUGGCAUAUUAUAUGCAGUCAAUACAAUGGGAGAAUUUCACGCAUUUGAUCUCAGUGGCUGUGUGGUUACAACGAAGACGAUUAUGAGGAUACCUGAGCAUUAUGAUUGUAAUGGCAGGUACAUUGUUCAAACUCCAUGGGGCAGUCUGCUACAAGUGUUUCGAAUAGUGCAUGACCAUGAUUUAGAACCCGAGCCUGGUGCAUCUGAGUAUUGGAACACUACGGGAAUUAAAAUAUGUGAGAUUGAUGCUCUUUGGAAUAAAAUUAAGGUGAUCAAUUGCGUGCGUGACCAUGUGUUAUUUCUUGGUCAUAAUCUAUCGCAAUGCCUUAGUGCUGAUGAAUUUCCUGCUCUCAAGGCAAAUCAUUCCUAUUUUACCGAUGAUAAUUUUCUAUGGACAGCGGGAUAUAAGAAUAAUCAUCGUGAUAUGGGAAUUCUUAACUUGGAUGAUAACAGCACAGAGGAGCUUGUGUCUCCUCAGCUUUGGUCCAACCUUCCGGCCCCAGUGUGGAUUACUCCUGAUCUUAGAAAGAUCAAUGCGAUGGGCUCAAUGAGCCAACAACUAUGAAGUGAACUGCUAGUCACAAUUAAUACAAGGUGCAGUGCAGCAAGACACAACUACUCGAGAGAGAGUGCUGGAAGUGCUCAACAUCUACAUCUUUUUCUGAUGUAUUUUGACGAUGUUGCUGGUGUUUUCAGAAAAUGACGGAGAAGACUGAAUCUUCUUGUAGUUACAGCAAUCUGACAGUGUUUAUGUUUCAAAUAGUUUGUAAUACUUUCCUCAAAUACUGUACACAUGUUCUUCAUAAUUUAUUGGAAAUAUAAAUAAAUAUAUGAGACUUUCGUGUCGCUAUAGGAA